UCACUUGAUUGUGGAAAUGAAAAGGCUGUCCAAAACCUUAAACCCUUGAAAUUUCUUGGAAGCCCUAAAACCCUAGAACCAGCAGCUUCUUCUUCUAGAGUCUUCUCUCCCCGACUUUAUAUUCACAGCUCUUUCUCCUCUCUGAUCUUUCAUUUCGGCACACUUCUCUCUCUGGAUUGCUCCAACAAACACUCACGUCUUCCUAGCAACUAGACGAUGUACCGCUUCGCUGCAAACCUUGCCUCCAAGGCCCGGGUCGCCAGAAAUAGCACCCAUCAGAUUGGUGGUAGAUUGAGCUGGAGCAGAAACUAUGCGGCCAAAGAUAUCCGAUUUGGAGUGGAGGCUCGGGCUUUGAUGCUGAGAGGUGUUGAAGAGCUCGCUGAUGCUGUUAAAGUAACUAUGGGCCCGAAGGGUCGCAAUGUGGUGAUUGAACAAAGUUAUGGUGCCCCAAAAGUGACAAAGGAUGGUGUGACAGUGGCAAAGAGCAUUGAGUUUAAGGACAAGGUCAAGAAUAUUGGAGCAAGCCUUGUAAAACAGGUUGCAAAUGCAACAAAUGAUGUAGCUGGUGAUGGUACCACAUGUGCUACUGUCCUUACCCGAGCAAUAUUUACUGAAGGCUGCAAAUCAGUUGCUGCUGGAAUGAAUGCAAUGGACCUAAGACGAGGUAUCAACAUGGCUAUCGAUGCCGUGGUAACAAACCUGAAAAGCAGGGCUCGAAUGAUUAGCACGUCUGAGGAAAUAGCUCAGGUUGGUACAAUAUCUGCAAAUGGCGAAAGAGAAAUUGGUGAGCUGAUAGCAAAGGCUAUGGAGAAAGUUGGCAAGGAAGGUGUCAUCACCAUUGCGGAUGGCAAGACACUGUAUAACGAAUUGGAAGUUGUUGAGGGGAUGAAAUUGGAUAGGGGUUACAUAUCCCCAUAUUUCAUCACCAAUCAGAAGAACCAGAAAUGUGAAUUAGAAGACCCUCUAAUUCUAAUCCAUGAGAAGAAAAUCUCAAGUAUCAAUGCUGUUGUGAAAGUACUAGAAUUGGCUUUGAAGAGACAAAGGCCCCUGUUGAUUGUUGCAGAAGAUGUGGAAAGUGAUGCACUGGCAACUCUCAUUCUAAAUAAACUUCGUGCUGGGAUAAAGGUUUGUGCCAUAAAAGCCCCUGGGUUUGGGGAGAACCGGAAGGCUAACCUGCAGGAUCUUGCCACUCUCACUGGGGGAGAUGUUAUAACUGAAGAGCUUGGUUUGAAUUUGGAGAAUGUAAACAUAGAUAUGCUUGGCUCAUGCAAGAAGGUCACAAUAUCCAAGGAUGACACUGUAAUUCUUGAUGGUGCUAGUGAUAAGAAGGCUUUAGAGGAAAGAUGUGAACAGAUUAGGUCAGCAAUUGAAUUGAGUACUUCUGAUUAUGACAAGGAGAAGUUGCAAGAGAGAUUAGCUAAGCUUUCUGGUGGUGUUGCCGUAUUGAAGAUUGGAGGGGCCAGUGAAGCUGAAGUAGGUGAGAAGAAGGACAGAGUAACUGAUGCUUUGAAUGCCACAAAGGCAGCAGUAGAAGAAGGGAUUGUGCCAGGGGGUGGAGUUGCUCUUCUUUACGCAUCGAAAGAGUUGGAUAAGCUUUCAACAGCCAAUUUUGAUCAGAAGAUUGGUGUUCAGAUUAUUCAGAAUGCACUCAAGACGCCUGUGCAUGCAAUAGCUUCUAAUGCUGGAGUCGAGGGUGCUGUUGUUGUCGGCAAACUAUUGGAGCAAGAUAACCCCGAUCUUGGAUACGAUGCAGCCAAAGGUGAAUACGUGGACAUGGUCAAGUCUGGCAUCAUCGACCCCUUAAAAGUGAUAAGGACAGCUUUGGUUGAUGCAGCAAGUGUGUCGGCACUGAUGACCACCACCGAAGCAAUUGUGGUCGAGCUCCCCAAGGAUGAGAAGGAAUCCCCAGCAAUGCCUCCCAUGGAUUAUUAAUUAAUUCAACAUAUACUAAGCUCAGUGGUGGCUCUGCCAUUUUAGCUAGCAUUCGUCAUUCGUGGAGGGAAAUGAUAAAUGUAAUCAUAUUGAGAGAGAGACUCUUUUGCUGGAGUUGGAGGAGAAGAAAAUGUAGGAUAGAAAGGAAGCUUGGUUUUAGCGGUUCCAACUUACAUUUGUUGAAUGACAAAAGGGACUUUGUUUUCUUCCAUAAUUGGCAACACAUUUAGGCGAGGGAAAUUCUAUUCAUCACGAGGGUUUUAUUCUUCA